AUGGACUCAACCACCACGUCUUCGGGCGGACAGCACGCUUACAGACCUUUGGUCAAAAGACCUCACACGGCUCAUGAACCAGCCAGUCCCGGCGUUCCUUCUCUCAGCUGCUACGUCCCUGACGAGAUCAUCUUCGAAAUCCUGAGCCAUCUCAUUCCCAAACAAGGGCUCACCGUAUCGACUGACUCUGGCAGCAACGUCUGCCCUUUCACCAUAAAUUCUCUUCUCCAGACUUCGCGCACGAUCAGGAACAAAGUCAUAUCCUACACCAAGCGUUUCCCGCUGCACAUCAACAUCACCAGCGGCGAGAAUUGCCGGUGCAACAUCUUGACGAUACCCGAAGAUAUCUUGAAAGCUCCCCUGGGCAAGGCAGCACUGUUUUCCAUCGGGAUCUGGAGCGAAAUCAUCGUCACGUUUACACCUAUCCUGGUUGACGAACUGAAAGACUCUUGUAUGAGGACCCAGAUAGCUCUGAUUGAAGCCGGCGUGCCCUUCUCAGCCUUCAGUGCCGGGAGUAGAUCACGGGCGGCCAUACGUUGCGUUCGGCGCCAGUCGGGCGCCCUCUCCCAAACAAUGGAGCGUCUCGAAAAUAGACGUAGGGGUGAUAAAAUCCGCUGGAGAUUCGUGUUCGAUGGAUCUCGAGGCAUUGACGCCCAAGACGAACAACGUGAGUCACCACUGUGGAGCCUUGGUGCCAUUGGGGCUUGCUUGACGCGGUGGCGGUGGCACCAAGGGACAUACACUGUGCCGGCUGUCAAACUCCCAAAGCGCUUUUAUGUGACCACAGAGAGAAGUUCACUCAUCGUCCGGAACUACUCGACCGACGGUUGGAAUAAGGCGCAGGAAGCUCACGAGAUCGUUACCAAGCAGCAUCUGGAGGAAGAGUUCCAAAAUUGGUGGACGUUGGGGUUGUGUGCCUCCGAAAGCGACCUCGAGCACAUAUAUCCAGCUCAUUACUGGUACAAUGAACGUGUACCAGAGGAACCAAUUGUCAUAGAAAACAUGGAGAUCAGGGAGGUUCUGGGACCGAUAGUGAGGAAUUCGCCAACUUGA